AUGUUUAGAACCGCCAUCAAAUCAUCCGUGCGCCACACCGCCAGGUCAACAACAUGGAAACGCUCCAUCGCAACCGACAUCAACAACGGGACAAAGGGACAAAAGACAUGGCCCGACUGGGCCACCGUGCGCCGUGUUUUCGUCACUGACGGCUACGCCCUCGUCGGAUGGUCGGUUGCUUUAUCAGGGAUAAUGUUCUGGGGGCCCUACAUUGCGGUCCAAAGUUCAGAUGCCAUUGACCAUGUGCCUAGGGACAGGGGAGCGCAGGUUAUUGCCAAAAGGGAAGGGUUGGAUGAGGUAAAGAUUACUGUUGACAUUCCGCAGACUUAUGUCCCGCUUGACAAGGGCGAUGAUGAUGAAUAA